CUUAGCUGUCCUGGUAGGUAGAACAUUCCCAUGUCGCAACAGUUGAACGUCAUUCAUUUCCCGUUACCUUUUUCAUAACCUCAGCUUUUUAGUUAACUUUUAUCAGAUCGAUCCGUCCAUAUUCUAGAAACAUCACGGUCCUCUUUCGACAUAACACAUCAGAGCAUAAACGAAUUUAGCUCAAACUUGGAAUCUAGACUGGUCUAUACAUAAGUAGUACUACCUAUAUAGGGAUCAAGUCUAGCUUCUUAGGUACCUGACCAUGGACUUCGCACCAUAUCAGUCGUCUCCUCCUGAGAACAGCCGUCCAUUCUCGCCGCCCCGAUCCAACGUAGCCUCACCACGCGCAUCUCUUGACAACCGACGAGCUUACUCUCCUUCGCAACAGCAAAGAGGUGGCUUUGCGUCUCCGCCACCUCUCCAACACCCCCAACCUCAACGCUCGUGGCAGCCACAGCUCCCCGGUCAGACGAUCGGUGGUUAUGGCCCAGAGACCGGGGCAUUCGUGAGCGAAUUCGACACGAGCUUGGGCAUACGGCUGGAUUACGAGGCAUGCUUGGCGUACCUAGCACUACCACCGCUUGGGGCUAUCAUACUCCUCAUUUUGGAGCGAAAGAGUGAUUUUGUGAGGUUCCAUGCAUGGCAGUCGAGUCUCCUAUUCACCGUCAUAUUCAUCAUUCAUCUACUCUUCUCAUGGUCGACCUUCCUUAGUUGGGUCAUCUUCCUUGCCGAUUUAUGCACAAUGGGGUGGUUAGCUGUUCGUGCAUACCGAGACGCCGACACACUGGACAGAUUUGAGGUCCCCAUUUUCGGUCAAAUAGCGAGUCGGAUACUGGAUGACGAGUAGAGUGGGCGCCCUUUACUUCUUGCUUGACUUCUAGGCCUGAUGGUGGAGAAGUACUUCAAGCAUGCCUAUCAAAGUACCUAGUAUAGGCAUGUCAACCUCGAUCUGAAGAUCUAAGACGUAUAAAUAAGACCUAUCAUAGACCUAACCUUUAUCAUUUCAAACCACGUGAAUUGGGGCAGAAAUAGUUCACAUAUGUACCUAGGUAGAUGCCUAUUUAGGUUACAUAUAUAUACCAUUAUGGCUCAUCUUACACAUGUACCUGUCUAGGGUAGU